AUGUCUCACCAAUCCAGCGCUUCCCACGUGGGCGAUCACAGCGUCUACGAGGACGGCGACCAGAGGAAUUACAGCAAUUCCCAGGUGCACGCGGCAGAAAGGGUCAGCGGCAUCAACGUGGAGGGGUUCAUGGACAAGAACAAGAUCAUGAACAAGCUCCAGGACGAGGAGGACCAUAAGCGCACGCAGGACCGCAUGCAGCACGAGCCUGGCUUCGCAGCUACCAUGCACGGCAACGAGCCCUCCAAGGGCGCCAAGAUUGACGCCGAGCUGGCAGAGGAAGAGGCCGAGCUGCUGGCCAAGAAGCAGAACAAGACGGAUUCUCUCCCCGGGAAGAAGAACGAGCCGGGCACGGACAAGCACGACAUGCACCAGGAGCUGGACGCUGAGAUCAAAUCCGAGAGGACGGCGCACUCCAACAGCGGCUCCAACACGGGGCAGCGUGGGCCCACGUACGUCGACAGAAAGAACAAAUGA